AUUUGUCACAUGUUCCCAUUUUACCAACUACUCUAGCAUGCGCCACUUCUCCGGCAACACCCGCCUCCUGUCACCGGCGAAACCAACCAUCAUUCUCAUCCUCCUCUUCCUCUUCCUCCGCCUUUCAACCGCAUGGCGGCCGUGGCCCAACCAGAAAAACAACGUCACAGAGCACGAAUUCGGAGCCAAUAAGAAGUACGAGGGCUCAUCAGAGUUUGUUAAAAUGAAAUACCACAUGGGACCGGUUCUCACCUCCAACAUCACCGUACACAUUAUAUGGUAUGGAACAUGGCCGAACACGCAAAAACGAAUUAUCCGGGAGUUCAUCAACUCCAUAUCCGCCCCCGGAAACCGCUCACCGUCGGUUUCCGGUUGGUGGAAAACGGUCCAGCUCUACACCGACCAAACCGAUUCCAACGUGUCAAAGACAGUUAUUUUAGGAAAAGAGAAAAACGACCGGUUAUUAUCCCACGGGAAAACCCUAACCCGUCUAUCCGUACAAUCCGUUAUAAAAUCCGCUAUAACCGCCAAAACUGAACCGUUACCAGUCCACCCGAAUAGUGGAUUAUAUCUUUUAGUCACCUCUGAUGACGUGUACGUUCAGGAUUUCUGCCAGAACGUAUGUGGGUUCCACUACUUUACCUACCCAUCAAUUGUAGGGUACACGUUACCCUACGCAUGGGUAGGUAACUCAGCUAAAUCGUGUCCAGGCGUAUGCGCGUACCCGUUCGCGGUACCGAGUUAUAUCCCCGGGUUAAAACCGUUAAAAUCACCCAACGGUGACGUUGGAAUUGACGGAAUGAUUAGUGUAAUUGCUCAUGAGAUUGCUGAGUUGGCAACAAAUCCGUUAGUCAACGCUUGGUAUGCUGGUCAAGACCCUACGUUUCCGGUUGAGAUUGCUGAUUUGUGUGAGGGGAUAUAUGGGACCGGUGGUGGUGGGUCCUACACGGGUCAGAUGUUGAAGGAUGGAGAUGGUGCCACGUAUAAUAUGCAUGGGAUCCGACGGCGGUUCUUGGUGCAGUGGGUGUGGAAUAAUGUGGUAAAUUACUGUACUGGCCCUAAUGCACUUGAUUGAAUGGGAAGAUGAAGCGUAGUGUAGUGGGGGCAGUUUAGACUUUUCGCACUUUGGUUUUUUAUUUUAGUUAUUUAUUUAGUUGUUAUGACUAAUGAAACUAUGAAAGUGAAUGAGGGGACAAACAUUUAUCAAAAAACUAUAUCGCACAUUGUGACAUUUCUGUUU